AUGCAGCCAACCUCGCCCGCUGCCCUUAACGGGACAGAAGCUCCUGACAUGCCCUUCUUUUGUCUUCAAAAUCCCGAAGCUGGAGCGUGUGUCGAUGAUACGGGCUACUAUCUCUAUCGCAUCGACCUUGCACCAAAUGCUGCAUUUCUUGCGAUAUUCACAUCUUCAUUGAUCGGCUUCAUCGUCACUUGGGCUUUCACUCGCAGAGGCACAGCUUUCAAUGUCGCCAUGAUCCUAAGUCUUUUGUGCGAGAUCAUUGGAUACAGUGGACGCAUCGCGAGUUGGUACAAUCGCUUCGAUAUGAAUGCCUUUCUUACUCAGAUUUGUUGCUUGACUAUGGGUCCAGCCUUUAUGGCUGCGGGUAUCUAUCUUUGCCUACGCAGGAUUGUGUCAGCGUUUGGACCAGAGAACUCACGUUUACCUCCCGAAUACUAUACUAGAUUUUUCAUGCCUUGCGAUGUUGUUUCUCUAGUCCUUCAAGCCCUUGGGGGUGGUAUGGCUUCGGUUGCUUCUCAACAGUACAAAAGCGCAGACCUAGGCACAAACAUCAUGAUAGCAGGACUCGCCUUUCAAGUUGCGACUAUUCUCGCAUUUAUUGCUUGCUCAGUCGACUUUGGCAUUCGGACUAUUCAUCGUCAACGUACCCUCGGUGAAGCAGCCUUUGACCAGCGCCCCGAAAUCGUCAAAGUCCGAAAUUCUCGACGGUUCAAAGCUUUUCUAUGUGCUCUAUCACUCUCUGCAUUUUGCAUUCUUUGGAGAAGUGCGUUUCGAGUUGCGGAAUUAUCUGAAGGCUGGAAAGGGCCCCUCAUGGGCCAUCAGUAUAUGUUUGUUGGGUUUGAGGGAAUCUUGAUUGUUGUUGCUGUGGCCGUUCUCAAUAUCUUUCAUCCCGCCUUGUGUAUGAAAGAGCUCUUGGAGAUGGAUGAUGGUGGCCUCAAGGGCAUUUGGGGAUUCCGCAACCGCAAAAGCAAUGCCAUGAUGAAUGAAGGGUCUGUAGAGGAUUCAGACCGAAAGACGCCCACGAGCGAAGCUGUUGCAGUUUAG